UGUUUCUACUUUUAUGCGACCCCAUUUGAUUUGAAAUCCCAAAAACAAAGAGAAGCCGACAAACCCACUCGUCGCUUGAAUUCGACUUCAAAUUCGGAGUUGCUUUAGAAAUGAAAUGGUGAAUCGGUGUGAGAGUGGUUGCGGUUGUGGAGGAGAUCGGGAAAACUCAGAAUCUGAGGCGUAAUACAAAAUGGAGAUCUCUGUAUCUUCGUGUUCUUGCAGAUUCAGUGCACCAUGGUAAUGGCCCGUCACUGAUUGACGGUGGGAUCGCGACGGUCCGGCACUGUUUUCACCAUUUUCCGUAUAACUUCUUCAACCACUCUCCGCCUUCAUCCCGCUCUUCGAUCAUCAACGGCACCACUUUAGCACAGUUCUAUUCCUCUUCAUUUGCUGAAUCUUCUGGCGUUUGCUUAUGGCUUCGAUGGAGUCGGAAACUCCGGAUGUUUUGAAUGAGACGAGAAAUGCGAAUAAGAAGAAGAAUGGAAUUCGUAUGGAAUCGUUUUACCUACGUAAGAUCGGAUUCGGAUGUUUCAGAGUGCAACAGGACGAAGAAGGAAACUUCGAUAUGGAGGUCGUCAAUGGCGAUGGGGAGCGUCGGAAGCCCACACAUCUCCUCAUAAUGGUUAAUGGUCUCGUUGGCAGUGCCAAAGAUUGGGAAUAUGCAGCGGAGGAGUUUUUGAAGACGUAUCCUGAAGAUAUCAUUGUUCAUUGCAGUAAACGUAAUUACUCGACAUUGACACUUGAUGGCGUUGACGUGAUGGGAGGAAGACUGGCAGAAGAGAUUUUGUUGGUUAUCAAGAGACAUCCAAAUGUUCAAAAGCUCUCCUUCAUAUGCCAUUCAUUAGGCGGAUUGAUAGCAAGGUAUGCCAUUGCAAAGCUUUAUGAGCAAAAAGAAGAUGUCCAAGUGAAUGGAGAGUAUAAGUCUUAA